AUGCCAUUCCCGGACCUGCUCCAAGUCGGUUUCGACGGGCACGGCUCAGACAACGGGCCGGGGGGCAGUGGGGCCGGCGGAGGGGGCGGCGGGGGCGGCGGCAGUGGCGGGGGCUCGGACAGCUCGGGAGUAGUCGUAGCCGGAGUCCCUGCCACAGCCGGCAGCGCCGCCGUAGUCGGUGCGGGAGGCGGCGAGGGCAACCGCACCUUCCCGGGGGGCCCGGGGGUCGCGUGCCCAGCGGGCAGCCCUGGCAGCGGGGGCGAGGUGAACGACACAGCUGCCGUGGGGGGUGUGGUGGUGAGCGCCCAGGCGCUGGGCGUCGGGGUCUUUCUGGCCGCCUUCAUCCUCGCGGCCAUAGCUGGCAACCUGCUGGUCAUCCUGUCGGUGGCAUGCAAUCGCCACCUGCAGACCGUCACCAACUACUUCAUCGUCAACCUGGCGGUGGCCGACCUGCUGCUCAGCGCCACGGUGCUGCCCUUCUCGGCCACCAUGGAGGUUCUGGGCUUCUGGGCCUUCGGCCGGGCCUUCUGCGACGUGUGGGCCGCCGUGGACGUGCUCUGUUGUACCGCCUCCAUCCUCAGCCUCUGCACCAUCUCCGUGGACCGCUACGUCGGGGUGAGACACUCGCUCAAGUACCCCGCCAUCAUGACUGAGCGCAAGGCGGCCGCCAUCCUGGCCCUGCUCUGGGCCGUGGCCCUCGUGGUGUCUGUGGGGCCCCUGCUGGGCUGGAAGGAGCCCGUGCCCCCCGACGACCGCUUCUGUGGCAUCACCGAGGAGGCGGGCUACGCCGUCUUCUCCUCCGUCUGCUCCUUCUACCUGCCCAUGGCCGUCAUCCUGGUCAUGUACUUCCGAGUGUACGUCGUGGCCCGCAGGACCACGAGGAGCCUGGAGGCCGGGGUCAAGAGGGAGCGGAGCAAGUCCACGGACAUCGUCCUUCGCAUCCACUGCCGGAGCUCCGGAGCCGAGGACUCGCGGGCGGCCAAGGGCCACAACUUCCGCAGCUCCCUGUCCGUCCGCCUGCUCAAGUUCUCCCGGGAGAAGAAGGCCGCCAAGACCCUAGCCAUCGUGGUGGGCGUCUUCGUCCUCUGCUGGUUCCCCUUCUUUUUUGUGCUGCCCCUGGGCUCCCUCUUCCCCCAGUUGAAGCCGUCGGAGGGCGUCUUCAAGGUCAUCUUCUGGCUGGGUUAUUUCAACAGCUGCGUGAACCCCAUCAUCUACCCCUGCUCCAGCAAGGAGUUCAAGCGCGCCUUCCUACGACUGCUGCGCUGCCAGUGUCGCCGACGGCGCCGACGGCCCCUCUGGCGCGUCUAUGGGCACCACUGGCGGGCGUCGGAGGCUGGGUCAGACCCUGGAGGCUCCCGGCGAGACUGCGCGCUCCUCGGGGCGGCUCCGCUGACCCCACUAAACCGGCCCGCCUCCCUGCUGCCCGGAGGCCCUCCCGACGGGGCAGCCGGGCCACGGCUCAAGGCCACGGCCGCCUUCCGCGAGUGGAAGCUGUUGGGUCCCCUCAAGAAGCCCACGACGCAGCUACGGGCUAAGGUCACCAGCCUGUCGCACAAGCUCCGCGCUGCCGGGGCGUCGGGGGGCUCCCCGGGCGGAGGGUCGGCGGGCACCCCCUCCCGCAGUGAGGUGGAGUCCAUCUGCCUCGGGGUCCCCCAGGAUGGAGUAGAGGCGGCUGCCUACCAUGCCUACGACUUGGACGACUACUGUGGCCUCCGUGAGACGGAUAUUUAAGGGAGCCCCCUCCACCUCGUGGUCUGUGGGGCCCUGGCCGUGGGGUCUGGUUGGGGCUUUGUAAAAGAAGACCGUGUGUACUAUGGGAAAGAGUAGAGGCGGGUAGAAAACUGGACAAGGCAGAAAGGGGUGCUGCAGGGGGUACACCCCAAGGCUGCCCCAGAUCCAGACCUUGGCCCCACUUAGUUCAGUGCAUCCAUUGUCACACCAGGGCGUUUCUGGCCUCGAAUUCAACCGCAGCUGCGGUGGGAGAGGCUCGGGUCAGCUGGGACCAAGGCUUUGAGUCGGACACUGUUCCUUCUUCUGGGUUUAGGGGCUUUCCAGCAUCUCUCUCAAAAGGAAAACGCAGACACUUCCAUCAGUCCAACAGGUUGAAGAACAUCAACUUGAGGGUGCUUGCCUGGGGCCCUCCCUCCCCCAGGACCCAUCCCCACAAUGCAGUUCUGGCUCAAUCUGCCCUGGUCCAGACAUGGAGCCAAUCUCUGGCCCUAGUAUAGGAGAGACACCCCAAUCUGACUUUGCACCUCGGAACCCAUUGGGAAGACUUUCCAGACCCAAAGCUGGACCCCAGAUUUAAGGAAAGACACAGCCUGCUACCCCUUGGAACAUUCCUGCCCCACCCCCUCUGCCCAACCUUGGCCCUUGGACAGGGAGCUCCACUUCUGUCUCUAGGAGAGACAAAGGUCCCUUCCCACAUGAAUAAUAUCUGAGUCUAGGAGAGAAGCAGUGUGGUGGAGUGGCUAGAGGGCCAGCGUUGGAGUCAGGAUGCUCUGGGUUCAAGACCUACCUCUGACACACACUGGCUGUGGGCAAGUCACUUAACCUCUAGGUGACUCAGGAAACUAACUCAUUGAAGACUCAUGUUGCAGAUGAGUUCCUAUGUGAGUGCUGGGAGUUUCCACGCAAGAAGUUCCCUGCCUGAUGGACUCACAGAUCCAGAAUAGAUUCCCCCCUGGCAAAAUACCGGAACUCCUAGGAUCCUAUACUCCCUUUCCUGGGUAUUGUGGUCCCUGGCCACUCACCCCUAGGUGCUCACUGAUCUCCUGGAGAGGGCCUGACUGACUCAGGGGAGUCUAAAAGUCCUCUUCUCUUGGUCUGGCCUCAACUCACUGAAGCCAUGGCUGAAGGCCAUGAGUUGCUGUCCUGCUCCCUCCCCCCAUUAUUCGAGUUCUACUCACCAACUGCCCCCUUUUCCAAAGGGCAUUCCACCCAUUGGGAGUCUGUGGUGAGCUUCUACCACCUCUGAUCCCUGUUCCCCAGUAGCCUCCCUGCCUUGCAGACCUCUCCCUUCUACCUCUUUUCCCUCUGCCUCCCACGGACUCUCCAUUGCUUCUUGAGGGUACCCAGAGGAGAGGAGAGGGACCACCCCUCUGGAGAUGUAGGAGUUUUCCGUCCCCAAAUGCCCACCUCCCUGCCAGGCCCCUGCCACUGAGCAACACUCCCACCUGGACACGCCGUCUAUCUGCCCACCUGUCCUGACUGGCCUCUGCCCCCAUGGUUGCUCCUAACUGGAGCCAAGCCACACCGUCCUUACUGUUUACACUGUACAUAUCUCUGAGUGCAUGUUAUAAUGCUUCUUGCCAGUGCUUAGGAGCAUCAAUGGAGUGGUUUUUCUUUUCCUUUUUUGAGAUGUAUUUAUUGGUCAGAAUAUUUCUAUUUUGUGACUUUCUCUGUGCCCAGAAUACAGGGCACACUGUACCCCCUGCAAGCCCCUGCUCCUUUAAAAAUAGCUUUGCUUUCUUUGUCUAAAGUCCAGCAAGCACUUGGUGGCCAGAGAUGAUCAGCUGUGCGUAAACUGGCUUUAUGCUGAUGUUUCUGGCUUAUGCUGUAGGAGGGGAGAAUAGAUUCUAUUUGUUUAUUUAACUGAUUGCUGCUGUCCUUAGGAGCUGGUAGUGUGUCAGAAAGGUCUAUGAGAGAGGCAGUGUGGCAGAGGGGCCAGGGGACGAGUCUUGGAAGCAGGAAGUGCUAGGUUCAAAACCUACCUCUGACAAAUGCCACCAUUAAACAUUUUUAAAACAAAAGAAAACCAUCAAUUCUCCUCGGGGACAUAAGCACAACUUUUUACCUUGCCUCCUUCAACAGGUAGGUUUGAGAUGUGCCAGGAAUCCCAAAUGAUGAGGCAGCCAUCGAUCGGUCAAAUGAACAAAGCUUUAAAUUGCAAACAGAAACAGGAAAACAGGUUAAUGGACCCAAGAUCCUCAAAUCUGGCUGUGAUCUUUGGCUGGCAUCUUUUCAUUUCCUGUACCCUCACCAAACUAAUAAGCUUUUAUCUCUAUGCUGCCGUUGCCAGCCCAGGAGGAAUCAUCUUGUCCCAAAGGCUCUUGGGUUUCUGUUCACAGCUUGGUAAGAAGUCCAUGUUCUUAAGGAACUCGAAGAAAUAGGAAAAAAAGAAAUAAAAAGGGUAAUUUGAAGAUGUAAAACCCAGACAGCAUGGCCCAAAAUUACCAUAAAGGAAGGUUAAUGGUAUACAAGGGGAGAAUGGCAGCUUAAAAAUUACUGUAAUUUCAGACCUAUCAAACUUCUCCCAACCAAGAUUAAAAGGGUCCUGUAAUUCCAGGCCUAUAAUGUCAGAGGGGGAAAUGCUGGCUUGCCAUAAUUUCCAGCCUAUCACAUGCAUGAGACGCUUGAGUUUGGCUUGAGAGAGGCGGAUAUAUUCUGAUCCUCUCUACCCCUCUCCUGUAAGAUUGAAAUAUUAUGUCAGGCCUGUAUUGCACCCACUUUUGUCAAGGGGAGAAAUACAAGGUUACCACAUCAUUUCCAACCCAUUCCAACCUUUGGGCAAGUGGAGGGCUUUUAAGAUUGAUAGAGUUACAUAGUUUCCAAUCCCUCUUUCAAGGCUGAAAGGUCACCUUGUUUGCAGGCAAGAGGCUUCCAUUGGGUUGAGAAGUCUUAAGAAGCUGAGAAAGUAAACUCAAAACCAGUGUCAUAUUUUCAAUUUGUGAGGCCCCUGGAAGGGUUUGAAGGAGAGAGUCCAGAUCCCUAAAGGAAAGCAAGUUCUGGGUAGGCUAGAGUUCCAUGUGGUCUACAGAACCUAGUCAGGCUCCCAGGGUUGUGGGUAAUUGGCCAAAAUUGCCUGAUAGAGAAAUGAGACCUCACAAAAAGCAAGGAACUAGAAUUAUUUCUCUGGAAAAAGAGAAUACCAAGAAAACAUUAAAGGCUUCAGGUUCGUGAUGUCACUCAGCAAAGUCUGGGUAUGGAGCAGGGGGAAGAAGGCAGAUGUUGAAGUAAGACGGAUGUAGGCAAGACUUUGAGAUGCUGGACCCUGUGAUGAGCAAGGUGGGCAUGGGGAGUCCUCAAAUGGGGGAAGGAGGAUCCAUCAUCUGCCCUGGGGAAUACAGAAUAUAGAGAGGAGAAAGUGCAAAAGAGCCCCUGAUCCACAGCCCCUCCCGGCAGCCUGGUCUUACUUCCUGCUGUCCAUUAACACAUUGUGAAGUGAAUCAUCUGUCUUUCCACCACCUCCCGUGUCAGGCCCCUCUCCCCAGGUGCCUAGUGCCAUCAUGGGCACUGCCAGUCUGAGGCAGAGUCAGUUCUCACUGCCCUGCCCUGGUUUAUUUGGCCAGGGAGGACAGGAGCUCUCCUCUAAGCCAAGGGACUGAGCAUAUCAGGGAGUCUGGAAGGGGUAAUUUCCUGGAGGCUGGCAUUCCUCGAACUGCCAGCCCCUAGCCACCACUCAGUGCCAUCUCUGUCAGAAUCUGUGCCCCAAGGGGCUUCUGUGG